AUGGCUCGUUAUGAAAGAUUUGAUGAUGAUGCGCCAGCACCAAAAUUUACUGUUGUAACAAGAUCAAAUCUUCCAAACGAUCCGGAAAUAAGUGAGAAAAUUGAUCUAUUUGUACCAACAAAUUCAUCAUUAUCAGCUGAAGAAGAAACAACAACUCGUCAUGCACUUAUUACCUUAAAUAUUAUUUCAAUUGUUGUCAGUACAGUCUGUGGUAUAAUUACAUUUUUUCUAGCUGUUGAAGAACAAUCAGCAUCAGCACUUGGUUUUGCUGUUGAUACAAUACUUGAUGUAUUAGCAUUUUUAUCAAUUAUAUGGCGUUUUACAAGUACACAUGAUCAAGUGAAAAAAGAAAUUUAUGUAUUAAGAAUAUUAUCCGUACUUUUUUUUGCUUCUGGUUUUGGUGUAUUCAUUGAUUCAGUAAUUGAUAUUCGCCAUAAAGUUCAUCCAAUACCAAAUCAUUAUUUAGUUGUUGCAGUUGCUAUUCAAACUAUUGUAUUUUUUUGUUUAGCAUUUGGUAAAUAUACUGUAGCAAAAAAAUUAAAUGUUAUCUCAGCAUAUUCCGAUGCAUUUAAUACAUUUAUAUCAGCUUUAAUGGCAUUAUCCGUAGCUUUUAGUAUAACAAUUUAUAAUUCAAAUCAAAGUGUUUGGUAUUUUGAUCCAAUGGUAGGAAUGGUUAUAUCUGUAACAAUUAUGACAUAUGGUGUUUGGAUGAUGUUCAAAUCAUUUCGAGCGACUUAG